UUCCCAGGGUGGGAAGGUGCUGGGAUGGAAACAUAGGGCCACCCACCCACCUGCUGCCACCUGUUCAGCUUUUGCUUUACUUCUAUAAAGACUUCCCUCGCCUUCAACUUCUGCUCACUGACCAGCAGUAGCAACUGAGGAAGGAGCAAGAGUUCUUUCUCUUCGCUUGAGGUUAACACUGUAUCAUUAUAAACAAUCGAUUGCCCUGGAGAGGAAGGUGUUCUUCAUCAUCCAGUUCUAAUGAACAAUUAAUUGGAAUAGACUUUUUUCUUUUCUUUAGACACUUCUGGAUUUUAUAGACUCGCCCCCCCCUUUUUGGGGGGUCAAUGUACAACCUGAAUUUUUGACAGCGGUGUUGCCAUUUGUUUACCUAUCUGUCAAACGGAGAGAAAUGAAGAAUGAAAGCAUCCAGCUAAUUGUGAAGUACACGUCUGCUUUCAGGCUCUGAUUUAAGAAGCAAGGGAUUAUUUCAGAUCUCAGUGUGUUGUGGAAAUUCUGGGAAGAUGCUAUUUUUGAAAAGAAGCCCAUCUCCUUGAACUCAGGGGAAAGCUGUUUCUCUCUUUUUAAAAAAAAGAAACCCACAAUUUUAGCAAUCGUAAGAAUUUUCCAGCUGCUAACAAAUAUUUAUUGGCUACAAUUCCUCCCCUCGCAAAAGCGUAACACAUGAAGCCCUGCAAACUGAAUAGCAACAUGGAUUCUGGCUUGGAAGCAGAUACCCAGUGUAGAAGCGGGACAGUCUGUGCUGUGAAGUGCGGCUCUGAACGCUUGGAGAGUGUGGCCAAGCGGAGGCUGGCUGCUAAUGCCAGGGAACGGCGAAGGAUGCAAGGGCUCAAUACUGCCUUUGACCGCCUACGCAAAGUGGUCCCCCAGUGGGGACAAGACAAAAAGCUCUCCAAGUACGAGACCCUUCAGAUGGCCCUGAGUUACAUCAUGGCUCUGACGAGGAUCCUCGCUGAAGCUGAGAGAUACAGUGCUGAGAAAGACUGGAUUAACUUCCACUGUGAGCAUUUCCACCAGGAGAGUUGCCAUGCUUAUACCGGAGAGAAGUUGGCAGCUGAGGUUGACCCUUAUGCUCAGAGGCUUUUCAGUUUCCAACCAGACCACUACUAAAUUAAGAGAUCACUGUGA